AUGCCCAUUGAUAAAACAGUACUAAUCGAAAACUUACGCAAGAGGGCGAAAAUAUAUGGACCUCCUUCUGAAGAGUCAAAUCCCCAACGAAGAUCGAGCCUGGUUUCGAGACAAGAUAGACUUGCAGGGUAUCCUGAAAGUGCUUUCUUCGCACAAAAAAACUCAAAAAUCACUCCACCCGGAGAAACAACCGCUGCAAACUCUGUUGGAUUUAGUAUUGAAGCUAAUGAUGUUGGAUACUUUGCUGAGAUUGGGAUUGGAACUCCACCCACAAAAUUCAAACUAAUCCUUGAUUCAGGCUCUUCCGAUACAUGGGUUCCACUUCCAGAAUGCGUCAAUAUUGAUGACUCGAGAAAAGGCUGCAAUCAUGCGACUUUGAACCGUGAAUCGAGCACACUUCGACUUACCAGCGAUAAUUUCACAAUCACUUAUGGAACAGGAAAAGUCAAAGGUGUGAUUGUAGAAGAGACCCUGAUUAUAGGAGGCUUGAUCCUCACAAAUCACGCCUUUGGAGGAGCUAAAUCAGAAAGCAAGGAAUUCGCCGGAAAAAACGUUCCAUUUGAUGGAUUGAUGGGAACCGGAAGAAGUUUACUCGCUAAUCAAAAAGUCCUUACACCCAUUGAGGCCAUGUCAAAUUCUGGAAUACUUCCAGGGGCUUUUAUCGGAUACGCAUUGGGUAGAGUUUCAGAUGGGGAGAAUAUUGGUUUGUCUACUUUUGGGGGGGUGGAUAACACCAAGUUCACCGGAGACCUAACUCUAUUCCCAAACAUCAAUACAAAAGGUUUUUGGGAAGGGGUGAUGUCAGAAGUAAAGGUAGACGGUGUAACAAUCUUGACACGUAGAACAGGAAUUUUAGAUACAGGAACAACUUUGAUAGUUGCACCACCAGCUGAUGCAGAAGCAGUUCACGCAAAGAUACCUGGAUCAAAAAGUGAUGGAAAAGGUCGGUAUACCAUCCCAUGUACUACUAAGUCUAUCGUUUCGUUGUCCUUUGGAGGUGUAUCAUGGGAUAUCAAACCCGUGGAUUUGACCUUUCAACCUGUUAGUCGGAAUUUAGCAGGAAGAUGCAUCAGCGGGAUUAGUUCUGGUAAGAUUGGUGGACCUAGACAAUGGCUCGUUGGUGAUACAUUUUUGAAAGGUGUAUAUUUUGCAACAGAUGCUACAAAUAACCAAAUGGGCUUAGCAGUCAUUAAUAAAGGUUCAUCAUCACCUUAA